UAGUCCAUCUUCAAAAUGAAAGCUGCAACUCUCACAGUGUUGUUCGUCAUCAUCUUUGCACUGACUGUGAUGCUUUGUGAAGGGCGGAUCGAAGGAAAAGCAGAGCGCUGUUCUUGCCAAAAGAAAGCACAGGAAAGGGUAAGACCUGCACUUGUGAAGAGUUUAGUGAUAUUCCCUCCAAGUGGCUCCUGUGCAAAGACUGAGAUCAUAUUAACUCUGAAGCAAGGAAUGAAGGUCUGCCUGAAUCCAGAAGGAAACCAAGGACAGAAAUUCUUAAGUGGAAAUAAGCAAAAGAAAAAGUCCAAGGGACAACAUAACAAGAUUCAGAACAAGAACAAGCCUCAAGACUGAAAUUUACAGCUGAAUACAACAAGCGAUGUUGACCUGAUUGCUCAGCCUUUUAUCUUAUGAGAUAUUCAUGUUCACUGCAUAUAAAUGAAAAAAAGUCAUUAUUGUAUGUGUGUAUAUGUCUGUUUGCUCAUAUUUACUCUGAAAUCUAACCCGUGCUUUGUCUAGUAAUUAAUUAACAGAAAUGAAACUAUAUUUUUUAAAUUACUUCUAAUCAAAUCAAACAUGCUAUUAGUGACUAAAUGUAUAAUGAUAUUAAUAUUACACAGACAAUGAUAUUGCAAAAUUAACAUUUAACAAUAAAUGUCAAUUAAAUUUCUUCUAUUUGGUGAACUGAUCGAAAGCCGAAACAAAAAAUAAAUAAAU